AUGUCUGUUACCAAACUAGAUGUUAUCUCGUCGGAGGAGUCUACAGCCGAGUCUACAGCAACACUGUCCGAUACCGACCCUGAGGAUCCUGUUCAAGCCGAUCUCAAGGGAAUAAUACCGUCAGCUUCGCCAAUUUUAGGAGGUUUCCUCUGCAUGAUUGGAGUGUUCUUCUUUUCACUCAUGCAGCUCUGUGCCUACAUGGCCUCCGAAGAGUUCUCUGGCUCAGAGAUCACACUGGUGCGAUCGGUGAUUCAGACAAUUAUCGCCGCCUUCUUCGCCCUACUUGUACAAGUGAACCCCAUCGGUCCCCCAGGGUGCCGCCUCAUUUGCUUUAUAAGAGGUCUCGUGGGCGCUCUAGCAAACCUAUUGCUGCUCUACGCGGUAGCUCGCAUGCCGAUGGCAAACGCCAACGCGAUCUUCUUCACCAAUCCCGUGUUCACUGCGGUGUAUUCUGCUCUCAUUCUCAAACAGAGGGUAUCCUUCGUUGAAGUCGUUGCUCUUUUUGUCGGCCUCACCGGGUCUGUAUUUGUUGUUCGCCCGAGUUUCGUUUUCGACUCCUCGAUAACUGUUGAAGAAUCCCAGACGGAUCUGAGUGCCCUCAUUGUCACAAUUGCAGGAGCGGCCACCUCUGGUAUGGUUCCUAUUAUCGUUUACUUCAUCGGUUCUUCAGUCCAUUACGUUUGCCUGGUCUUCUCCUUUGGUGUCUGCGGAACAUUUGAGAGUGCUGCAAGCCUCGCUCUCGGCUUGGAUGCUCUCACACUUCCCUCCGUUGCUAGCACUGGUUACAGCUGCAGCAUUUUUAUGAUCGGUACGGGAAUUUUCGGUACCCUUUCGCAGUUCUUUUACAAUAGAUCCCUUCAACUUGAGAAACCUCAGAACUGUGCCAUUCUGUUCCAGGCCAAUGUCGCCUUCACAUUUCUAUGGCAAGCUUUAGCCAAUCCUGAUGAGAUCAGUUUGCUCAGUGUAGUCGGAUCUCUCAUGAUAGUGUGCUCGAGCUCGGCUAUUCUUGGAGCAAAGAUUGCUUCAUCGAGCGGCAUCAGCGAACCGAAUCACGACUUGCCGGCAAAGAGCUUAAAGGUUUCCGUCAGCGCGCGUGUACCCAAGGAAUGA